GCUAAAGUGUGCGAGACCAGCGACGCGUGAUUACUUUUAUCAACCAUUAAAUACAUUGGACGGAUUCGACAUUUCCCUCGCAGGACAGUUCACCGUGUUCGGAUUAAGAUGGUGUCAAGACUUUAAAGGAAUGUGACGGAGCACAAAACUGCUAACGCUAUUCCUGUCUCGCCCUGACACCCAUCAAAGAGCUGCAUACGUCGUUUCUUUAUCUGUCCCUGCUGAGGAGAGGGAGAGCGUGGAGCCGAGGCUGGCCUGCUGCUGCACCAGGCGCCGGCGUGAGCUGCGGGGAGUCCAUCAUGGCUGCCGUCUGAUCCUCCUCAGCGCUGUUAAGAGUUUUCACACCUUGAAGAUUUGCCCUGUGUCUGCAGCAGUGUAGUAGAAGAGUCCAUUCUCCCACCUCUGGGCCCAUGGAGGGCUUUCCAGUCCACUGAGCCUCAGGCGCCACACCAGGACAAGAACCAUGUCCGCCUGCAACACCUUCACAGAGCACGUGUGGAAACCGGGUGAGUGCAAGAACUGCUUUAAACCCAAGAGUCUGCACCGCCUCAGCGAGGGUGCCCCAAGGAAAGGUCCCCCUGAGCGAGCCCAGGCUCAACAGAGCCACGCUACAACUGGAGCCACCAAGCCCAACGCCAACCUUGCCAACAGCUCCCAACGGAGCGGUGGCACAGCACGCUCUGCUCAGUUCCGGCCACCUGUUGCCAAGAAGCCCACAAUUGCCGUGAAGCCCACAAUGAUGCUACCCUGCUCCUCUACGGGCCUGGACUCUGAGGGAAACCAGCGGUCUGGUGACGGCCCAGGCACUGGCAAAACCUCCGCUUUCACAGUGUGGAACCGAAAUGGACUUAAUCACCAAAGGCCUGGUGGACCAAACAACAAUGAAGGCGAAAACGGUGGUGAUGAAAUUGAAGGCUAUGGUCCUUGCAGCCCCAGAACUCCCAGUGGCAACAACAACAACAAUGGACUCACAGAUGUGCUGAAGGAGAUUGCUGGUCUGGGCUCUGGACCCAGCACCAGUUCAAAAAACGACUUCCUAGGCAGGAUCAGCAGCUCAUACAGGCGCUCUCUGGAGAGGGGCCUACCAGCUGCUGGGUGCCUCGCCAUGGGAAGCACUAGCCAAGCCAAACGGGUAUCUCUCAGUGACAGUGCAGAGAUCAUAAGCACUGAAGGUGGACGCUUUUGCUAUCCAGAGUUCUCAAGUGAGGGGGAGGAUGAUGAUGAUGAGGAAGAUGAUGAUGAUGACAGUGAUGGUGAUGAUGAGCAUGAGAGCUGGGAUGAAAGUGACGAGGAGCUGCUGGCCAUGGAGAUCCGAAUGAGAGGUCAACCACGUUUUGCAAACUUUCGUGCUGCAACCUUGUCUCCAGUGCCCUUUGCUGCAGGAAAGAAAUGGAAUACUGUGCCACUCCGAAAUCGCUCCCUGCAGCGCAUCUGUGCUGUGGACUACGAUGACAGUUAUGAUGAAAUCCUGAAUGGUUAUCCCUCGAUGGACUCAAAUGGGGGGCCUGGCCUCCUCCCCUAUGGACAAAAUGACUUGCAAGGCAGUGGGUUUUUAUCAAACUCCGAGUCCACCACCUCCCCAGAAUCCUCAUCCUCUAUGCCUGAUGAUUCACGUACGUCAUCCAGCACUAGCAGUGUCCCGUUUGGUGUUCGCAAUGGCCUACACUCUCCUGCCCCCCGAGAGGCCCUUACUCGUGCAGCUCCAGCAGAAAGAGAGCCUCAGCCCAGAGCCUUGAGUUCACCAAAAGCCAAUGAGACCCACAAAGCUGUUCUUGCCAUUCGACUGGAGGACCAAGAAGCAAUCCAGCGGGAAGGUGGUGCUCUGCCUCAGGCUCACCCUGGCCAGCCCAUUACGAUUAGCUUUAGUCCCACAGAGGAACAAGCGAAACCUUACAGAGUAGUGAAUCUUGAAAAGCCUCCCAUUUGUAAACCUUACACUGUGGUAGAUGUGUCUGCAUCUAUGGCAAGCACAGAAAGCUAUGCCCCAGAAAGCACUCCCAAACCCAAGGGACUUUCAACUCCCUUGAGCCCACCACCUUACCCUGGCUCCCCAAUUAGUUUGUCACUGUCAGCAGGUUCCCCAAUGUCCCCAGUAUCACCGCUCCCCCCAGCGACACCAGACACUCCAACAACCCCAGUUUCACCAUCAACGGCAAACUCCUCUGCUCCUGUCAGCACUUCUCGCAAGAAGCCUGGAAACAUCCGCUACCAAGAGGUGUGGACCUCCAGCACCAGCCCUCGACAAAAGAUCCCCAGGGUCGAGCUGGUCUCUGGAGGAGCUCCUGGGCCCUCUGUACCCCCCAGACACUGUAACCACAAAUCUGCGCCCACCUCACCUAUUGCAGGUCUGUCUUCAUCCCGCACAGUUCCAGUGAAGUCCCCAAAUCUGUCAGAGAUCAAGUUCAACAGUUACAACAAUGCAGGAAUGCCCCCCUUCCCAAUCAUCAUCCGUGAUGAACCAACUUAUGCCCGCAGCUCAAAAAAUGCUGUAAAGGUACCCAUUGUUAUCAACCCCAGUGCUUAUGACAACUUGGCUGUGUACAAGAGCUUCCUAGGUCUCAGUGGUGAGCUGCCCCAGCCCAAAUCUGGUGCUGGAGGCAGGGUCACCAGUCACACCUAUGAGGAAAUUGGUUCAUCUGAGAGCGUCCAAGCCUCCCCUGAUGAGAAGUCUCCUAAUAACAAACCCACAGAAGACAAGCUCACUGCAGAGGAUGUACCAGGUGGCUUAGGAACAUCGCCAAAAUCCCUGGACUUGAACUGCAGAACCACUAGCGAACACACCACACCAGCCACCACUCCUGUGUCUCUCGUUCCUCCCACUAGCGCUUCCUCUCCUCUGCCAGGUAGUCUGCCUCCGAACAGCCCCAGCUCUGCCACACCAGGGCGGAUUCGUAAGCCCAGUGGGGAGGCCUGCAAAGACAGCAACACUGACACUAUGUCAUCAUCUGGCACCAGCACAGGACAGCGUGAGAAAGCAAGCACUGUGCUGUCCCAGAUAGUGGCUUCGAUACAGCCACCCCAGUCCCCUCCAGAGUCCCCGUCUUCUCAGAGCAAAACGUGCAGUGCUGAGGAGCUCUAUGCCCUCCCACCUGACGCCACUAGAGACACGCUCAGCAGACCCAAGUCGCUUUUCUCCUCUACGGACGGAUGUCUGUCCAAACCCAGGAAGGAGACUCCAGUUAAACAGUUGCCAAAGUCCCAGAGUGCAUCUGCCGCUGUGGCCCCAACAAGUCCUAAGGCAGAGGCAAAUCCACCUUUCCCUCCACCCAGGUCCACCUCCUCUCCAUACCAUGCUACCAACCUUCUCCAGAGGCACUUCAGCAACUGGACAAAGCCCUCUGCGGGGUCCUCUCGUCCCAGUGAUGGAGAGAUAAGUCCAGGGGUUGGGGAGGGCAGACGUCCAUCAUCUGAAAGUGCCAAGCCCAAACGCUGGAUAUCCUUUAAGAGCUUCUUCCGCCGGCGGAAGGACGAAGAUGAGCAGAAAGAGAAGGCUGAGCGCGAGAAGGAGAAAGGCAAACUGGUGGGCCUCGAUGGAACUGUAAUCACCAUGCUACCUCCGCCUCCCACGCAACGCCACCACUGGUUUGCUGAAGCCAAAGGGGAUGACCCCAGCCAGAAACCCACAAUAAUAUUUACAUACAAACCAGACAGCAGUGCCACUGGUGAUGGAGAGGGAGAGUUACGUGUUGAAGAAUGCAGGGAGGCUGCUUCAGGAGAGGUCACGGUCAUAAGGCCCUUGUCCCCUGGACAAUCGGCUCCAAAGAGCAGAGCAAGUCUCCUUAUCAGCAAAGUUAUGAGCCAAGCGCAGAUGGAGUCGGCCGAGAGCGAAAUGCCCACCGCUGCCUCCCUGCCGGCCAAGCUGGAGUUGUCGUCGGUGGCCGAGGCCGGCGCCUCGAGCGCCAGGCCCAUCCUCGCGUCAGCCAGCGAAGGCAGUGCCAGCCUCGGGGAGCAGGAGGAGGAAGGCAGUCACUCGUACUCGCCCGCCUCCAGCUCCUGCAGCGCCACCUACAGCAACCUGGGUCAGUCUAGAGCCAACAUGAUCCCUCUGAAGCACCCCAGGAACGUCAAGGCGUCGGACGACACUCUCGCCUCAGUCGACCCGGACGCCCCGGAGUCUGCGGUCAAGGACACGCCGCCUCCCCUCCCCAAGAAGGGCACCGGCGGGCGCACCUCCUCGGCUGAUGCCCACCACGCCAGGGAGGUGACGCCGAUGCGACCGCGCGCCGAGGCCAGACCAGGCGGCACCAACCUGAGCGUGGCCAACCCGCUGUACGACCUGGACUCCACCUGGGAGACGGCCAGCCAGAGCUCCUCGCUCAGCUCGGAGGCGCGCGGCGCGCUGGACCACGAGUCCGGCGACUCGCUGGAGCGGCCCACCAUCGUGGGCAAGGGCCGGCCCGCCAACAGCCUCUCCUGCCUGGCCACCGGCGCUGCCGCCUCCGCCGCCGCCAACAGCGCCACGGCCGGCCGCGAGUGGCGGGGCUGCCGCAGCGCCGAGUCCCUGGCGGGCCGGGCCCGCACCACGGGCCGGGUGCCCGCCAGCGGAGCCGGGGCGGCCGCCGCCAGCGCCAAGCCCCAGAGGCAGGCUCUCUACAAGGGCAUGGACAGCUGGGAGGAGGUGGUGGGCCGCAUCCGCGGCCUGCACACGGACACGCUGCGCAAGCUGGCCGGCAAGUGCGAGGACCGCUUCAUGGCCGGCCAGAAGGACCACGUGCGCUUCGGCACGGACAGCUGGUCCCACUUCAGGCUGACCACGGGCAAGCCCUGCUGCGAGGCCGGAGACGCCGUCUACUACACGGCCUCCUACGCCAAAGACCCGCUCGUCAACUAUGCCAUCAAGAUCUGCAGGAGUAAAGUGAAGGAGACCCAGCAGCAGUUCUUCCACAGCCUGGCGGUGAGACAGAGCCUGCCGCUCCACUUCAACAUCCAGCAGGACUGCGGCCAUUUUGUGGCCGACGUGCCCGCCCGCCUGCUGCCCUGGGAGGAGGAGGAGGAAGGCGAGAGCGAAGAAGAAGGAAAAAAAGAAGAAGAGGAAGAAGAAGAGGAGGAGGGGAAAGAGAAGAAGGAGUCGCACAGAAAGGAGAACGGCCCGGAGAGGGAGAAGAGGAAAGAGGCCGCCGAGAAGCGGUCGAGCAAAGCGUCGUCCGAGGCCUCGGACACGGCGGCGCACAACGGGCAGGAGGGGGGCGUGGCGGCCGCGGCCGCCGGGCCGUGCGGGAAGCUGCGCAGCCGCGUGGUGGUGAUCACGCGCGAGGUGCCCUUCCAGACGGUGGCGGACUUCGUGCGCGAGGGCCGCGAGCGGCACGCGCACACCCCGGACCUGUACGAGCGGCAGGUGUGCCUGCUGCUGCUGCAGCUGUGCUCGGGCCUGGAGCACAUGAAGCCCUUCCACGUGACGCACUGCGACCUGCGCCUGGAGAACCUGCUGCUGGUGCACUGCCAGCCGGGCAACCCGUGGAACCUGGACGUGCCCAACGGCGAGCCCAACAACAACAACAACAACAACCCCUUCGGCGGCGCGGGCACGGGCGCCAACGGCGGCGCCGGCACGGGGCAGGGGGCCCUGGCCAACGCCUGCCCGGCGCGCCUCAUCAUCAGCAACUUCGCCCAGGCCAAGCAGAAGGGCGCGGCGCUGGCCCAGCACCAGGCGGCCGCCGCCGCCGCCGCCGCCGACGCCCUCCGCGACCACUCGCGCCUGGCGCCCGAGAUCGUCACGGCCACGCAGUACCGCAAGUGCGACGAGUUCCAGACGGGCAUCCUCAUCUACGAGAUGCUGCACCGCGCCAACCCCUUCGAGGAGUCGCCCGAGCUGAAGGAGCGCGAGUACUCCACGGCCGACCUGCCGCCGCUGCCCGUGCGCUCGCUCUACUCGCAGGGCCUGCAGCACCUGGCGGCGCUGCUGCUCAACGCCAACCCGUCGGAGCGCAUCCAGAUGGCGGAGGCGCGCGCCUGCCUGCAGUGCCUGCUGUGGGGGCCGCGCGAGGACCUCUUCCAGGCGCUCAGCGCCUCGCCGGGGCCCGGCCACCGGCAGGCCACGCUGCAGAACUGGCUGGACCUCAAGCGGACGCUGAUGAUGAUCAAGUUCGCCGAGCGCUCGCUGGACACGGUGUGCGGCGUCAGCCUGGAGGACUGGCUCUGCUGCCAGUACCUGGCCUUCUCCACGCCGGACUCGCUCGGACGCGUCGUGCGCAUCCUGCAGCACCAGCAGCAGGCCCUGCAGGCGCUGCACGUCUGAGCCCUCCCCCCGGCGCGACUCUGGACCGCCUCUGGGCUGCUGCCGCUUACCGCUUAGCACUAGUCACCGUGCUGACGCUCCUCCCAGGGGAGGGGGCACGGCCGCAGGCCUGCUGUCUCCUCCCCCCCCGCCACGCUGGUGUCCCGACGUGCUCCUCACGACUCCCACGCGGCUACGACCAGACUCUGCCGCUCGGAGAACUGGACAAGUCCCAUCAGCUUUGUUUUGUGGCUGAUUAUUACUAUGCGCUGUACUUGUACCACAUGCAUUUUAACUACCCAUGUUAUGGUUGUGCUUUGGAUUUUGUUGUUUAUUUGUUGUUGUUUUUCCUGGUGUCCAGUCAGACCUGGUUCUGAGGCUUUCAGAGAGGUUUGAUGACCAGUACUGACCAGUUUUGAGAAACAGACUGACAAACUUAUAUAUAAAAAAAAGAAACAUGGCAAAGCAUAUCAGAACUUUCUUAACAGACACAAGCACUUCUUUGACAGAAGUGCUGCAAAAGUGGAGGGGGGAAAAAAGAUAAUUUCAUAUCAUUGCUAAAUAAUCCAUGUACCUUUUGAUAUAACUGUAGUCCAUACUCUGUGUUUUGUGAGGGAAGUAGCUGCUUCAGUACAUCUACCAGUUUGUUUGUUCAUAAUAACCUCAGUCAGAAUAGAUAGCUCGCAAGCAACUGGAAAAGACAUACCAUCAGGUCCAGAAAGACAACAGAAGGAAAGGAGAUGAAGGAGGGAGUUCAAGUUGACCUAACCGAUUUAGAAGGCAUUGAAUGUCUUUGGAACAGCAAAAGUGGCCGGCAUAUCAGGUACUUGUGAAUGAGCUGGUCUGGUAUCAGUGCUUAAUUCACCUGGCUUUUUUGGCUGCAAUCAAACCACUCAUCGCUCACCAACCGCUUCUCCGAUCAGGAGGCUGCCCCGCUGUCCACCCAAAAGCCGAGUUCGACCAGUGGAGAGGUGCUUAUGCUUAUCUUUAUCCACCGUACGUUGAUGUGGGAGUUACGCUCGUUUGGGGAAAGUCCCACAGACAUGAUUGUCAGGGAGCCAUCGCUGAGGAGUGAGGACACAGUGUGUGCUGGUGAAACGCCGAUCCAGAUCGGGCCAAGCUGUUCUGACAAGACUGUCCCUCUGAUCCAUCCUCCCCACCCCACCGCCUACACCCCACACACACACACACACACACCCCACCCCCCUCGUCCUCUUUGGUCCACAGAGGACUCUUCACAGGCUGCCCACAGGACGAGCUGUCUUAAGCCCGGGGCUUUAGGCUCUCACAGCCGGGCCGUGUGGCCAGAAUAUUAAUAGAAAGAGGGGAGGAAAGGGAGAAGAGGAAGGGAAGCGAAGGGAAGGGAGAGGUAGAGGAGGGCCACAUUAGGACAGACGGGAGACACCCUCCAGCCAAGGGACCCUGUCCUCACGUCCUCUUCUUCAGCACUUAAUGCAGAUCAGCCCUGCCUGGGUUUCAUUUUGGACAGGCGUGAACACACACACACACACACACACACACACACACGGAAGGAGAGAGAGUGAUAACAGAGUGGAACAUUAGUGGCUGUCUCUGUGGAUAGCAUCUCUUGGAAAAGUAGAUGUUCAGGCUGUUUAUCCCAAAGUCACCGAAUCUGAAUCUCAUAUUUUUCUAUCACUGAGUAAUGUUAUGCAAAACAGGCAAUGAGAGAUGAGGGGAAGGCAAGCCAAAGAUGUGCAGGAUGUGUUCUCUCUCUUUCUCACUCUAGCAUGUCAUCCAGUUACUGCUGGGUUGGAAAAAAUAAGGUUGAAAUAUUUUUGUAGAUCCAAGUGCCCUUACACAGUCAACACUGCAUAGCAAAUCUGAAUCGGUAGAUGAAAUGCCUCAGUUUUGCCUCUUGUCUGGCCCAAGUCAGUCAGCCAUGGUUCAAGUCAGUGCAAGUGAGUCAGAGUGAAUCCAGAAGUUAGGGUUUUAAACUAAAGCCCGGGUCAGAACAGCUCUAGGACGUCUUUUUACAAAUAGCUUUGGGUGGACAAAUGCUUCUCUUCUUAAAGAUACCUGUGCAAUUGUUGUUAAAACAACAUAUGGAACUGACAGUAUUUAAACAUAUUUUAUGUACUUGAUAUCAUUAUAUGCAACAUAAUAAGUUACAACUCUUAUUUUUUUUCAGUUUGGCACAUAAGUAACAAUAAGAACAUCUUGCUACAGGUUAUUUUUCUUCACAUGAACCAUACUAUGAUAUGUAAAGUGUGCUCCAAAGCCAGGAUAUGAUAUUUGCAGUGUGUGUAUGUUUUGUGUGCAUGUUGAAGGGGAAGGCUUUGGAUGUUUGUAUCAGGGACUGCACACAUUUUUCUUUUUUUCUUUUUGUUUCUAUAUUGUCUGUUAUAUAUAUAUUUUUUUCCUUUAUCGUGAUUACGAGUGACAAAAGUUUGCACAUUCAGUAGAGAACUGUCACACUCCUAGACGGAGUGAGGGAAUGAGUGUUUGAGAGGCGAGUCAGCAUGAGGGGGGUGAAAGUGACCUGAGCUGGCCCCUGUGUUUUUUAUGUCAGUCCAGCAGCACAUGGAAUGUAUGUGUGUUUGUCGAUUUCUAGCGGAGUGACCGGUGACCCUCUAGCCGAAAAAGGAUCCCUCCCUCACUUGAAGCAGCUGCCCAAUAUCACGUAUAGGCUGCGCUCGCCCCAACCCUGUUUUUCCUCCCCUUUUAAACCCAGUGUACAGAACCACUACACUCAGAGAGCUCCAGAUCAAUAGAGAUCAAGAGAGUGACCACUGCCUUAAACCAAUCUGCUCCAUCUUAGCCAGCUACUCCCGAUACCGCCCACCAGCCCAACUCUGCAUCGUCCAAGCUGAACCACAGAGAUCAGUUAUGUGGUAAAGAGACCAGUGGCAAACAGCCUGUCAGACUGCAGUCCAGUACCACACACACACACACACACACACACACACACACACACACACACACACACACGCACACUGCAGCUGCAGUGUGCAAAUCAGAUUGAUGAGCCGACCUGGGAAAGGCCCUCUGUCUCAGCUGCAGUAAUGGCAGCCUAGAAUCAAUGGCAGUAAAAGAGGGGGGAAUUUGCCACGGUGAGAUUGCAGCAUAUAGCGUAUUCAUCAGGUAUUCAGGGUCAUUUCCGUUCCCUGCAAACACUCAGAAAAUGAAAUUACAAUGAAGUCUCUUUUCGUUUGUCCCCUGAAGUCUUUAGUGUAGAUUAGCUACCGUUUUUGCCAACUACCAUGAUACAUUUCUACACACAAUAUACACAAAUGCAGUGGGAUAUCUCCAGAUUACUAAAACAGCGUUAUUAAGGCUUAGUUUUAAGGGUAAUUUGGGAUUUUAUAUUUUUUAAAGAAAAUAGUACUGUAUAUACGGUAUAUUUUAUGGAAUCUGUGACAGGUUAUCAAGAAAAAAUUUGUUCAUAAACAUAGAGACAGUACAGUGAUAUGUAGGUUUUUAAAAAAAGACCCAUUCCACUUAUAGCACCAUAUUCAUCUGCACGUCAAAACCAAAUUUUUUAAAAAGCAAAACAGCACAUACAUAUCGUUGCCUUUUUUAUUGCUGUGGCUCCCUCCUCAUGCUUCUAUAUUACGCCCUGACCCCUUAACACACACACACAUACACACACACACACACACACACACACACACUCACACUCACACUCACAUUCUGUACUCAGUGGCAGUUCUGCAGUGGAGGUGGGAUCCUCAAUAUAGCCGGGUUUGUUCUCCGAGGGACUCUGGAUGCAUAGUCCAGGUUGCUGCUGACUAGUUUAUAUACUGAGGAGUACAUGUGGACCGCACUGGUGGCCGUCCUUGUGUCAGACAGAGAGAGUGAUGAUCAAUUCUAUUUGAAUCUGUUGUAGUCAACGUCAUUGUUCAAAUCUAAUAUAAUCGACUCAAUGGCAUCUCUAGACAAGAGAGUCCAGCGCACUAAUGCUGUGCAUUAAUGCACCAGCAUGGUAGUGUUCUCCCUCCCUCUCCAGAAAAGCUUUACAUCUCCCAGCCAGCAGCGCUGAACAAUGACCAUAGUGUGAAACAAAAUGGCCUCAAUUGUAUUUGGGAAGAGGUCCUUUGUGUUCCUUUUGAUAGUUGCUGUUUGGCUUCGUGUUGUUAUUUUUCUGUUCCUGGUUCUAACUGUCAGUGUGCUGAACCACUUAAUGAGCAACUGGGAGGAACUUACUUAGUUACAUCAAGUCCAUUUACACAUUUGAACAUGUAUGCGUAGUGCUGCCAAUAUUGGGUAUAUCUGUUUUAUCAGUAUAUUUUAAUUGCCACAGAACAUACAAAGGAGCUUUCAUGGCUUUCUAUCGGUGUUUAUCUUGUGGCUCACGGUCAAACAUUGUCGAUCAAGUUAACCAACAUUAAAUAAACAGUGAAUAUAUGUUUUUAUA